AUGGUGUGGUCAGUCAGGACGCAACCUGGCGGUACAUCCGUGCGGCUGUCUCAAGGCAUCUUCACGAUUGGCCGUGCAGCAUGUUGCGAUAUGGUCCUCUCUGAUCCAGCAGUGAGUAGUAGCCAUUGCACUUUGCUUUGUGAUGGGGACGGAGGGCUCACCGUGGAGGAUCGCAGCACGAACGGCACCUACGUGAACAGAAUGCGCUUGCCGAAGGGCCAACGGAGGUCGCUUGCUUCCGGCGACACCAUACUGCUGUCUCAAGGCGCGGUGAAGCUAAGCUUCGAAUAUGAAGCGGAUGAGACCGAAGAGGUUCCAGUUCGCAAGAAGCUGCGGAAGUUAAGCGUUUUUGAGGGCCAAAAGCUCUCAACCAAGGAGGCAGUGUGCCCGUCAAAAAACAUGUCCAAGAGCGAGUCGCCCCCCGGCACCGCUCCGCACGACGAGGGAGGCGAGUUGGGCAUCCUCCAGGUCUCAGUGCGUCUCCGGAGUGCGUCGGAGUCGGUCCCGUCGAAGUUGAGAGAUUCCAAUCCUGCCCAAUCUGCAGAGAGUUCUGGAAGGCUUUCACCUCAAACACCUUUGGAUUUGGAUAUAGAGGCCAUCGUUCCUGGCUCGUCAUUUCGUGCUGAGAAAGCAGAGAGCGGACCUGUGCCUAAAGGACGAAAGCGCAAACUCGAGCGGGCAAAAACCUUCGUGGGACAUUUGAGUGCCCCUGCACUGCUGCAAUGGUUGACCAAGAGGCGUUGCAAUCGUCAGGAGGAAAGUACAACAACUGAGCCAGUUUUCUCAAGAUCUGGAGAAGAGCGACGUAGAGCUGAACGCUAUUUACAGGAGCAAGUGCAUUUUUUUCAUGAAGAGAAAGAUGGUGAGGAAAAAGCUGGUGAGAUCAUUCUACUUUCUCCUCCCGAGAUGAUUGGUUCAUUGAGGUCUUCUUCUUUCUGCAAGGGUCAAAAGGGAUUCAACUCCGAUGGCUUUACAACUGUGCUUCCGUCAACUCGAUUGCAGACUGAUCCUUUCGUGGCAGCUCGAGCCACCGAUCAGUGGGACUCGAUUCACAAAAGUGUCAUCUCUGAAGCGGCCAAGGCCUUUACUAGAUCCAAACUGCCCAAGGCUGCCUUUACCCCCUGGAAAAGUCAAGAGAGUUUUCAAGAAGCUUCAGACUUGGAAUGCGCACUGCAGAUCUUACAGGAUCGCUCCGACUUGGAGCCGGGCCGCCGUGUGCUCAUGCGCCGUGCAGGUGCCCAGCCCAAGGCCGGGCUUUUCGUCGAUCCGCCGCAGCACUCGGCCGAGGCGUCGGCGGCCGCGCAAGCGGCGCAGAGUGGGGUCCUCGCAGCGUUGGCCACGAAGAACGACUUUCAGGCAGCGACCUUCUUGUCCGAACACUGGGCCGAGUCCCUCCGGCACGUGCGGCCGGGUGUUUUGGGGACUUGGCAAACUUGGGCUUGGAACGAGCCUCGUGGUCGACGUCAACAGGGCUUUCGAGAUGUUUUGCACUGCUGUUGGGCCUCUCGCGAGUUUUGCCUGGGCAUCUCGGGUCACUUUGUGGGUCGCAGGAUGCGAGCUGGCCAGACUCAAAGGGCUUUCGGGCUGUCCGGUGGACAAGAACAUGGCAUGUGUAGCUGCGGUGAAUGGCUGACCCGUUCAAAAGUUAAGGCCCAUGCGUGUGACAAGUAUGUGGGCAAGCCACAUGAUACGUCGAAUCGUUUGAAGGUAUUUUGGCAGACGAGAGGCCUGCUAGCUUUUCGUGUUCUCUUCAAGCACCAGCUAAACCCGCCUGCUGUCGACCUUACGUUGGAAGCUGCACUGGAAUCAGCUCUAACAUCCCUCAUGUGGUCAGACUACUGGGGGGCUGCUCAUGUGACCUGCAGCUGGCGGCUUUGUGUCCAGCCAAACUCGAAGCAGUCUCCAGCCUGGGCCAUCAACCAGACACGUUGCGAGGCUGUACCUGCGCAACCGUCAGCCGGAGCUCCAUUAACUUCACAACAGCUGAUUCUUCUCGGCUGGAUGCGCUUGCAGGAAGCGAGAAGCUCCUACACUUCAAGGCAAAUCAUCCGUGAGGACCUCUGCGAGACGGAUGUGUGCUUGGAGCUGCUGGUCGAACGUGACUUCAACGAGAAAGGUGGUCUUAUUUUUCGCUCUUCAGGGUGCAACUAUAUCCAGCGCCUUGCGCCUUUGCUCACCUCGCUGGACGAUUGCGUUGCGCCUUUGCGGCAGCGUCAUCGAGGUCGCUGUCUUCUGGAUGCACCUGGAACCUUGGUGCUGGUCCAAGCGCAUAUGCUACCUUCUUGGAAAGCCGCGCUCCAAGAUUCUGCGAAGAUCCUGUGCAUUCCAAACCACAAGAAGAUGAGGAGCUUGAAGGUGGCGGACCUUGUGGCCGCAGAGGUGAUCUUGGCCUCGCUGCAACUCUUCGGCUCCGAAGGAUAUCAACGGCAUUUUGACUCUCUUUCCAAGCCUGGCUUGGAAGUCUGGGAAGCAAACCUGCCCGAGCCACCGGUGGCCGACGACGGAGGGGAGGGAGGAGAGGAGACCUUGGCGUGCGGAGACCUGGUCGAACUGCACAGCCUCGUAGCGUCUGAGAUGAAUGGCCGAAAGGGGCGGCUCUUAGAGUGGCAAGAGGCCUCAGGCCGUUGGUCCUGCCUGCUGCUGGGGCAGCCUCAGGGUUCACGCAAGCGUUCACGGAAGGGUGAGAGACAGGAAAAGGGGAGCUUGGUGAAUGUGAAACCUUGCAAUCUCAAACGUAUUGGUAGAGUUAGGGCGGCCAAUAAGAAGCAACGACGCGGAAUUCCUGAACCUCAAACAAGGGUCUCCAAAUACUACGCAGAGUUGCGGGCUCGCGAGGAUUACAUGGCCAGACGCCAGGUGGACCUGGAGCGUCAGACUCUAAGGCUCAUGCGCCAGGCGGCGAAAAGCAGUGAACCUUGGCCGAUGGCCUUGGCCAACAGCGGAGCUGUGCUGGAAAUGUUCCACUUCAACCGCUUGGUACUGGAUGAUUGCCAGCUCUUGGCCAGGGAUCUGGAGCAGAUCAUCUCGGGCGGAGCGCCGAACAGCCUGGCGCUCUACUUGACCAAGGUGGCACCACUCUAUGCCGUUCAUGCGAUCCGGGCGCAGUCUCGGUGGGGCCUGGCAGACUUGGAGUGCUUGAAAGCGCGUCAAGUGGACAUGGCUCCGAUGGCAUCGUUACUUGGAAUUCAGAUUCCUUGGGGAGAUGCCGUGGAGGCCCAGCGCUUCUUGGAUGCUUGGGCGACCGACCUCGAUGGGGAGGAUGGUCUUGGCACCUCCCGCUCCCCCGAGGCGCUGGGCGCUUAG